CCCGCUCCGGGUUGAACCACACACCAAAGAAGGGGCACUUCCUCCCAAGCUGUUUCCAUGGCAAUCAGACAUGGCGCCGGGGAGCCAACCAAUCCUUUCGUCCACUCCUCUGCAGGUCCUCUUCUACCUGAACAUCUGGUACUUUGCUGCCUUCUACCUGGCAGAGAUCCUGAUGUUCAUCUAUAAAGGGAUGUUACUGCCCUACCCGUCAGAUAAUCUGGUUCUGGAUGUGGUGCUGCUGCUGCUCUUCCUCGGUCUGGAGACUCUCCGGAUCUUUUACGGUUGGAAGGGGACCUGUCGCGAGCGCUCUCUGGCGUCGUGUGCGGCGCUCUUCAUCCUGUUCCCCUGCGCGGCGCUGGCUGUUUACUACCUGCUGCUGCAGACCUUCGUCCUGCGGCUGGAGUUCAUCCUCUGCGCUGUCCUGCUCGGCUUCUACGCCCUCGAGUUCCUGCUCGGACUCCUCUCCUUAUCCUCGUUCUCCAGGUCCAAAGUUUACUGAAGACAGAAGUUUCACUUCACCUGAAACAAGAGAGAUGUUAAAUAACUUCAGAUGCCACGCUGUAAAUAAAACAUUGUGUAUUUUCCUAUUAAAUGUAAAUCUGUUACAAUAUUUUCUUCUAUAAAUGUACCAACUCUGAGAUCAAGAGAUUUAUUUUUUACAAUGAAGUUAUGUAAAUAAAAUUCUUCUUCAAUGAUCGCAUCAGAAAUGUGAUGUAAACAUGCAGAGAGGAUUUAGAGAGUAGAAAAUAAAUGUAAUUAAACAAGUGUUGUUUGUAAUAAAUGUUACUUAAAAUGUUUUCUGUAUUAUUUACAAAUGAACCCUGGAUAUUUA